AUGAAUGAGACAAAAGACUACGCAAAUGAAGAUACUCAAGCUGAGGGACUGAUUUAUUCCAGACCCAUCUACCUCUCCAGGGUGAAGAAGGAACGGAUUAGCAAGAAGCAAGAGAAGAAGGCAAAUCCCAAGGGAAUGAGGAAGAGAACUUUCAAAGUAAGAAAAGCUGCUCAUUUCGAUAGGCAUUUACACUUUGUCAAUAUAGAGACCUCAUAUCAAAGUUGUUCGAGAAGUGCUGAAAGCAAAUCAAACAGCAACAAGCAUCAGGAUAGUAAAAAAUACUACGAAUAUGGUGAAACCAUUUCAGGUUACAAAUUUAUUGGUGAAGAGAAAGUCAGGUCACAGCCAGUUGCGGAUCCCGCUCAUUUCUUUGAAGACAACGAGGUAGAAAGGGAAACAAGAGAGACUACCCUUCUAUUUGAUGUAACGAAAUCAACAAAGGAUCUGGAUUUCAUAAAAAAAUACUGGAAGAGCUAUCAUAACGGCAGUAUCAGUAGCAGCAGCUCAAGCGUAUUGCUUCCACUGUAUAGAUAUAAUAGCUCAUUGGCUGAAACUAACAUAGAACAGAUAACGACGGAGUCUGUUAGAACAUUUUAUGAAUUGAGUUGCAAUGCCGUACGUAAAGACUGGGAAACAUUAUUGAAAAAAGAAAGAAUAAGAUGGCAUCCUGACAAAUUCAGCAGGAUUUCGCCUGAAACAAGCUUAAAAAAAGUUACAAAAUUGUUUCAGAUCAUCAACCAGUUAUGGGAAAUUACAAAGUCAACCGGUCGUUAA